AUUUUUGAAAAUAUCAAAUAUCAAAGACUAGCUCAGACUAGCUUGGAGGAAAAGCAUAUUUUUCCAUAAUAGAAUAAAAUGAAGCCACUUAAUAUUUACAUUAAAGGACAAUGUAUGGACAUGUGCCCUGCUGCAGAAAUUAUGUUGAACGCCUUUUAGAAGAGAAAAUAAACGCCUUUUACAUAUUUUGGAAACCCUUCCUCGUGCAUCGAACAGUGAAAAACCAGUGGCAGAUAGAAAGAAAGUUGUAAAAUGUUACAGUCGAUCAGCUGCUGGGAAAGCUAUGGAAAACCCAAAAUAUCUGAGACCAACAAAUGUUUUAUUAAGAACCAUAAAUUAUUUACUCCAGGAUGUUCUUACAAAUACCAGAGUACCUUGGAAUGUUACUUAUGAUUUUAUAACCGAUAGGCUACGGUCAGUCAGACAAGAUAUGAUAAUUCAAAAUUUGCCAGUAAUUGAUUCUAUUAAGAUAUUACAACCAAUUGUUAAUUUCCAUGCAUAUGCUUCCUAUAGACUAUGUGAAGAGUCACUGAACCAUUUUGAUCCUGUCUUAAACAAAACACAUUUGCAAGAAUGUAUUAAGAGACUAUUGUGCUUAUAUGAUGAGUAUGAAAGAAUUAUAGAAAAAAUAACCAAUGACGAUAAAAUGGUACAGGAAAACCGGCCCCGUUUUGAAGCAUUGUAUGUAAUUUUAAAUUUAAGUAACCCAGAGUCUGUGAUAAGAGCACUAAGAUUGCCUGAAACAUAUAAGAAUAAAGAUCUAAAAUUGGCAAUAGAUGUAUCGUUAAAUUAUAUUCGAGGUAACUUUGUAAGAGUAUGUAAACACUUAAGGGAUCUUCAGUAUCUUCUUUUAGCACUGUCAUCUCUACAUCUUCCAGAAAUAAGAAAAAAAGUAUUACAAACAAUGUCAGUUGCAUAUAACAGUAAAAAUCUUACAUUUCCUUUAGAGAUUUUAAAGAAUCUUUUUUUGUAUAACACUGUAGAUGACGUGAUUAGUGAGUGUAAACAUUAUGGACUGCAUUGUGAUCAAGAUAAUGUUCAUUUUUUAAAGGAUAAUUUUAACCGAAACCAAACACUUGCACGGCCUACACGUCUGAAUUUUUUGGAUAAACAAGUAGAAGAUAGGGAUAUUGUCCAUCUUAUUCUGAAUAUAUAAAUUUAAUUUUCUUGCAAAACCAUAGUUACUUUAGGUGUACUGUCACAAUUACAUUGUCA